AUGGCCCAAGAUCAACCAAGUCAUCCCCGCCCUGGCGAGUCGCGCGAAGAUAACCGCGAAAUCAAGCUCCUGCACUUCAUCUACGAGCAGCCCAACCGGGACGAGAUCCAAGGAAACCCGCAGAAAGUCCUCGAGUUAAUCGACGAGUUCGCCACCCAGUAUCAUUUCGUCAACGUCGGCGCAACCAAAGGCAACGUCGUCACCGACCUGAUCGCAGAGCGCAAGCCCCAGGUCAUGAUCGAGCUGGGUGGCUACGUGGGGUACUCGGCCAUCCUGUUCGGCGAUGCCGUGCGCCGCGCCGGCGGGAAGCGGUACUACAGUCUGGAGGUGAAUCCCGAGUAUGCGGCCGUCGCGAACAUGCUGAUUGAGCUGGCGGGUUUGCGGGACUUCGUGCGGAUUCUGGUCGGGCGCAGUGAUCUGAAUCUGCAUAAGUUGUAUGCUACUGGGGAGGUGAAGCAGGUAGAGCUGUUGUUUUUGGAUCAUUAUAAGCCCGCGUAUACGACGGACUUGAAGCUGUGCGAGCAGUUGGGUCUCAUCGUCCCUGGCGUGUCGGUGUUGGCUGCCGAUAAUGUCAUUUAUCCCGGGAACCCGCCGUAUCUGGAGUACGUUCGCGGCUCGGUGGAGCAGAAGCGCGAGGCGGCCAAGUCAGGCCCUGCGCGGAGUUUCAACACCGAGGGCAUGUCCCAGCGCACUGUCCAGUCCUACAUUGGGGAGGACGCCACGCCACUGUUCGAGAUCACGGGGAAUCCGAAUCUGGUGUACACCAGUUCCUUGGAACAGCCGGAAGGGAGUCGCGAUGGGGUCGAGGUGACUCGUUGUGUGGGGAUCCAAGAGUGA